AUGUUGUUUGAUCAACAACUGGAUUUCAAGAAGCUCUGUAUUUGUCUCAAAGGAUCAAAUGAUGAAAACUUGUUGUGGAACCAGAUAUCUAACAAACUUGGACUAGUUGAGUGUCUUAGAAUCCUAUCCAAUACUACUAAUCCUGGUUUUAGACCAGUUAUCACAUCAUGGCCACAAAAAAUUAGUAUCUUGGGUUCUGAUUGGUUCACUGUGGAGUUUCUUUUGGCGUGCACUUCCACUAACAUUACACUCGAAGAGUCUUAUUUGGGAAACAAGGAUUUGGAUGAGGUACUCAGAAAAUGGAGAGCUGGAGAAUUACCGAAUCUAAAACAUCUGAAGAUUACUAGCCUGAGCUUCACAGAUGAUAGAGAACAGAUCUUAGGAAUUAAUUUGAACGAAUUGAACGGAAUGGUUAUCCAAUCUGAUAAUGGGUCAAAGACGGCAGCCAUUGAACUUAACCAACAUUGGAUUCAAAUGUCUGUGACUCCAGUUUGA